GUGAUCAUGCAGACAUUGGUGCUUCUCCUUAUUCUAGGAAUAGUGGAUCAAAGCAUCAGCCAGAAUUACAGCCAGUUCAAGUGGCUGUCCUAUCUGCGAGGGCGCCGGAGGCAUGCCGCCUGGCAGGCCGUGGAUGUCGACUGCCCACUGGAAUGCGACUGCCCCUUAACCUUCCCCACAGCUAUGUUCUGUCAAAACCGUAACCUUCAGCAUGUUCCAUACGUCCCCUCACACAUUAAGUAUGUCUACCUGCACCGGAACAAGAUCACUGGCAUCAAAGACGGGGUUUUUGACAAUGCUACCAGCUUGAUCUGGGUCGCGCUGUUUCAAAACCAGCUAGACUCAGACAAGAUCGGCAAGAACGUGUUCAGCAAACUCAAGCACCUGGACCGGCUCCUCUUGGAUCACAAUGAGCUCACACGUGUGCCUCCAAACUUGCCAAACUCCAUCACAGACCUGCGACUUGGUCACAACAAGAUCUCAAAGAUCCCCUCCAACUCUUUUGAGGGGAUGGCUAACCUCGCCACCCUUGAGCUCCAAGCAAAUGUCAUAGAGGAUGUUGGAGGUAUGUUGAAGGGACUAAAGGCUCUGACCUUGCUGGAUAUGAAGAAAAACAUGCUGAGUAAAAUCCCAGACCACCUCCCCGAGCGGCUGCAGCAGCUCUACCUGGAUUUUAAUAAUAUACAGAGUGUGCCGGCAGGCUUUCUCACCAUGAAUCCCAAACUGCAGUUUGUCCGCUUGGCUCAUAACAAGCUGACAGAUAAAGGACUUCCAUCCAAUGUCUUCAAUGUCAGUACGCUGGUUGAGCUUGACCUUUCUUUCAAUAAACUGGAGAAGAUCCCUGUUGUUAGUAGAAACCUGGAGAACCUUUAUCUACAAGCCAACGAGAUCAAAGAGUUCUCCCUGAGCAGUUUCUGCGAUACCAUCGACAUGACAAACUUCUCCAGUCUGAGAAUGCUGCGAUUGGAUGCCAAUGAGAUCAGUGCCAAAGACAUUCCUGCCGAGGCGGCCUACUGUUUGCGGCGCGUUGGCUUUAUUGAGGUUUAGCUCUUGCUGCGCUCUCUCUGAUAUCUCUUAACUCAUCCGAUGUCUUACUUCAUCUCUUAUCCCCCUCCAAUCUCUCUUCACCUGUCACUUUAUUCAGCGUUAAAACAUAUUUAAGACAAUGCAGUGUUAUAAAAGCUGUUUUCACAAUCAAACCAUUAAACAAUUCCAGUAUUAGUCAACGGGAAAUACCAGAGCUGUAUAAUCACCAAUCCAGAUGACAGGCAUAUGUAUCACAAAGACAACAUAUCCAAAGGCCAGAUGACUGACAUCCUUUCCUCACACUGUUAUAUUAUUAGAUCGGGUAUUCUGGCAAAAAUAAUAAGAUCAUCAUAAUAACCAUGGAGGUUCUGCUUGUUGUCUGGAAACAUAUCACCUGUAUAAAGCAUCCUGUCAUCAGCUAGUGAUUCCGUUUGGACCUUUGCCUCCACCAUGUGGCACAAGGUGAUAAAACUGUAGGCAGCCAAGAUUGUCAUAAUUAAUAAUAUUAUUUGGCAAGGUCACAUUUACUAAUUAAAAUGACAACGCCUUUUAUAGUAAACAGUUUGAGUCAGUUUUCCACUGUUCGUCUGUUUCGAUAUUUUCAUUAUCAACAUUACAAGUUGUGUAACGUGUUUAUGUCUACAGGUUAAACAUGUGUAUUACUCCUACAAUGAGCGUCUGAAUUAUCCAAAGACAAUUAUGUAUGUUUCUAUAAUAGCUGCAUCCUACUGCUGUUGGGUUAUUUAAGCUGUUUUGGUUACCUAAACCCUCGCUUUUAAAAAUAUCUUUCGGGUGGUAACUUUUGAGCCGUGUACUCUAGCUAAUGUCAGGAUUUACAACAUGAGAAUUUGAUGCAAUUCAGUUUGUAUCCACUUAGCAAGAAAGUUAUGAAUCAUAUAUUGUUUGUGUAAUUUAAUUGUAUCUUGUUAUCGACCAUUUUAUACUUAUUAAAUCUUAGGAAAAAAAACAUGUCUUCAGAGUUUCUUGUGCCCUUUACUGUGAUUUAUUUGUUGCUGUCAAAUGUUAUGUUUCCGCUAAUUUGAAACGUAAAAGAAGCAAAGAGAUUGGGGGAGAGAAAAAGGGCGGCAGCUCUUUUGACAACUUUAACUGGUCCAAGGCAGUUCCCAAAUAUGUAUUGUUGAAGACAACUUGCCUUUUCAUCUUGCACAGCUGCCUUUAAUACUCUUCAGAAAGGCACUAAAUUGAAUUAUAGAAAUAUUUUCCUUGUUUUGUCAUGGGGCAAAGUCUCGUGACGAAGAAUGGAUUACUGCUGGAUUAAGUUUUACACACUGAUAAACUGUGAAAUGAAGUGUGUUAUGGAUGAUGAUAUAUUGCUGGUUGUAGACGGUUUUGCAGCCGCUGUGGGGUAGAACUGUUUUGUUUGUUUCCUUCCACAGAUUCUUCCAAAUCAAAAAAUACAGACCAGCACACAUGCACACAAUCACAUGUGGGAAUCUUUUACUGGUGUGGUCCUCUCCGAGACGAAUACAUUUCAUUGCGAACUCAGACGUUAUGCAAUUUAUGAUUAUAAAACAGGGCAGGACUCAGUAUCUGAGUAAACAUGAGUGAAAGUCAUGACUACAGGAGGGAAUGUACAUGCACUGCCGUCUCUCCCUCUCUCCCUCUCUCCCUCUCUCCCUCUCCCCCUCUCUCUCUCCAUGUGUUUCUUUCUGUCUCAAAUGUCUCUAUUGGCAUGACCAUAUUGCAACACAGUUGAACAUUGUACAAAAUGUUAUAGCAGUGUUUUUCUUUCGGUCCAUCCUACAAUCUUUCUCAGUAUUAACCUAUUAUGUGCCACUACCAUGCAGUAUUGAUAAAAUGUCAUGCAUGCAUAUGAGUAAUGGAUAGUAGCACAUUAUUCCCACCAACUCCUGCUGUCACGCCCUGUGCAGUGAAGACAUUUCCUGUGUAGCUGCAGCAGCGACUGGUGUGUAUCUAUUGAUAUUGUAUCUCAACCUCUCUGCCAGUAACAGCUCUAUGUGUUUGAUCAUUAUACUUAUUGAAACCAUACUGUUUUGUUAUCUUUGGCCACAAGUUUUAUAAGUUGGAAGGACUGUGAGUUGAUCAACAAUGUAGGCUGAUAAUGAGGUGAACUAGACAAAGCACUGGCAAGACCCUUUGACUUUGAUAAAAACAUGUUUGACUCCCCAUAAAGCGAGUCAAACUCAAUAUAGGCCAAUAUCACACUUAACAAUUGAUUUCCUGGUGCUCCUAUAAGAAUGCACUUUUAGCUACAACAUGUGAGAGCAUUAUAUUUAGUAUUUUGUAUUGAUGGAACCUUUAUUAUCAAUAUUGUGAUUGUAUUGUCAAACUAAUAAAUAAUUUGUGGAAAUAUUUGGAAAACAACAAUACAAACAGUUGGUUAAGUUGUAGCAAAUGGA